AUGCGUUCGGAAAGUGAUCCGAAUAACUCGAUUUUUGCCAUAUGUUGUGAUCCUACUAACCCUCCUAAUGAGAUCAAAACUCAACCUUCACCAUAUUGUAAAAGGUUACCUCUAAUUACCUCUCCAAUUGACGUGUAUUGUUCUAUAAGACUCGUCAUGGGUAGUACCAAAUGGCAAAGCUUUUAUUUCAUAUGUGAUACAUGUACUAAUUUACUAAGUCUUGCAUAUAAUUUUCGUGAAACAUGUGUGAAAUCAGAUUGUGUGAGAAGGAAACUUAAAGAAAAAAUUGGUACAAGAACUGACGUUUUUACAUUUAACAUUAAAAAUUCAAAUGUCAAUGGUGGUUUUAUACCUGAUGAUGUUAAAGAGGAAACGUGUAAGGAUUUUUCAGAAAUAUUAGAUAAUAUUAAUGACACAAGUGAUAUAGAUCAAAUCCAUGAAGAAAAAAACCAUGAUGUAGAUAAUUUAUAUAAUAAACAUGAAUUUAAAAGAGGAACCGAAGAUAAUGUUUUUAAAUUUAAAAAUUCAGAUGUUAAUGGCCAGGACAAAGUGUAUUUAUCUAAGGAAGGAUUAGUGGAUAAUUUGAAAAGCAAUACUCUUUUACAAAAUGAAGAUAAAGAAUCAUUAAUCAAUGAGUAUGAUUAUGAACAUGUACACUCCGGUAGUGAAAGUGAUGAAGAGGGUAAACCACUCAAUGUAGAAAUAGAAACUGAGUUUGAUUCUUCUGGCAAAUCAAACAAUUUAAAGAGAAAACAGAAUAAAGUUAAAUUUAGUUGUGAAAAAUGUUCCUUUAAGGUUUCAUCAAGUACAAAAUUAUUAGAACAUUGUACAGUAGAACAUGAAAUGAGACCAAGAGAUGUGAAACCAUUUGUAUGUGAUAGAUGCCCAAUGCGAUUCUCUAGUUCUUCAAACUUGUGUCAGCACCUUAAGUACCAUGAAGGUAUUAAAUCUAAUAUGUGUUCAUAUUGUGGAACUGGAUUUAUAACAAAGACUGAUUUAAUCAAUCAUGAAAAGAAACAUUUAAACAGGCGCGAGUAUAAAUGUGAAUUCUGUGGGAAGAGUUUUAAUACUCACAAGCAUAUUAGGUCCCACAAAUUAAUUGUCCAUACUGACUCAUCUUUGUGGAAGUUUGUUUGUGAGGUUUGCAGCAAACCAUUUCCAAUAAAGUCAAACUAUGACAGCCAUAUGAGAAGGCACACCGGUGACAAAAAGUUUGCUUGUCAUUUGUGUGAAAAAAAAUUUACAACCAAAUGUGAUUUGCAAAGGCAUACGAGGAGUCACUCUCACGUUAGAGAAUAUCAUUGUCAACACUGUAAUAAACAGUACAAAGAUGAGAGAGUUCUUAAGGUGCAUAUGGCUAAAGUACAUGGUUUAGGAAAUGUAAAAAUCCCAGUAAAGGAGCGGAAGCACACAUGUCAUUUUUGUCCGAAAGCCUAUUAUGCAAAAAACAAACUUACAAGACAUUUGUACACUCACUCUGGAGAAAAACCUUUUAACUGUCAUAUUUGUAAUAAGAAAUUUAACGAUAAAUCUUAUGUUAAACAGCAUUUGCGGAACACUCAUAAUGUAGAUACCAACGAGACUUUAGAAAGUGAACUUAAAAUAAACUAUGUUAAUAUCUCUUCUAAAGCAAUAUUGUAUUUUAAGGUAACUAUAUUUUACAGUUCAACAAUUUCAAACAAAAAUAAAAAAUAUAAAGAGAUAUCAAGAAAGAAUAUGUUUAAGACCUGUUGUGCAUGUUUAACUAAAAAUACAAAAUUAAAUAAGCUUUCAGAAAUUGUGGAAAAUGAUAUUAGUUUAUUAUGGAAACUUCAGGCCUGCAUAUCAGAAAUUAACUGGUUGUCAAUUUAUGAAAUAUGCAUUCCUUGUACAGAUUUAUUAAAUAUAGUGUAUGCUUUCCGUCAAACUUGUAUUAAAUCAAAUCAAAUUAGAACAGAAAGACUUGACACUAGACAAGAAGGUAAACUACAUGAAUAUGAAAAUGAGAUUGAAACUGUUAACGAUUUAAGAAUUAAUGAUGUUAAAGAUGAAACGUGUGAGGAUUUUUCGGAAAUAUUAGAUACUAUUAAUGACACCAGUGAUAUAGAUCAAAACCAUAAAGAAAAAGACUAUGAUGUAGACGAUGUAUAUAAUAAUCGUAGGUUUAAAAGAAGAAGAAAAGCACUAAAAUUUGUAUGUGAAAAAUGUAAAAUGAUCUUUCGUUCCAGUGUUAAGUUGGUCGAUCAUUGCAUUAAAAAACAUGACAUGAAAAUAAAAGAUAUACGACCGUUUACAUGUGACAGGUGUCCAAGAACAUUUUGCAGCUCUUCAAACUUACUUCAGCAUGUGAAAUAUCAUAAAGCAGUUAGAUCUAAUAUGUGCACCUUCUGUGGGAAAGGUUUUAUUACGAAAACUGACUUAAAUAUCCAUGAGAAACAUCAUUUAAAUAAAAGAGAAUAUAAAUGCGACGAAUGUGGAAAGUGCUUCAAUACACACAAGGAUAUAAGAUCACACAAACUAGUUGUACAUACUGCGGCAAAUAGAUGGAAAUAUCAAUGUGAAAUAUGUAAUAAACCAUUUCCAAUAAAAUCAAACUAUGACAGUCAUAUGCGAAGACACACUGGAGUUAGGAAAUUCGAAUGUCAUUUAUGCGAAAAGAAAUUUAUAGAUAAAUGUGUUUUACAACGUCAUAUGAGAACACAUUCAAAUGUUAAAGAACACAGGUGUGUUCAUUGUGAUAAAGAAUAUAAAGAUCUUAGAGUAAUGAAGCUACAUAUGGCGAAAGUUCACGGCAUAGGAGUGAAUGAAAUUAAGUUACCUUCCAAAGAAAAGAAGCAUUUCUGUCAUAUCUGUUCAAAAUCAUACUAUGCGAAAAAUAAGUUAACAAGGCAUUUAUAUAGUCAUUCUGGAGAAAAACCAUAUCACUGCCAUUUGUGUAAUAAAAAAUUUAGUGAUAAGUCAUAUGUGAAACAGCAUUUACAAAAAACGCAUAAUAUUAAGAGAGACAAUCUGGACAGUACUGAUUGUUCGCAUAAUUUCAAUAAUGAAAUGUUUAUGUCGAAAUAUGAACCACAAGCAAUUAAUAAUAAAUAUAUUUAA